GAAGUGGUCAGAGUCCAGAGGGCCGUGAAGUCAGAGUGGACGACCAGCUUUUCCCCUGAAGCUGAAGGGCCCCCCUGAGAGGAUGAAGGUCUCCGGGGCUGCCCUCUUUCUCCUCAUCCUUAUCCUCACCACUCCUGCUUUGCACGGCCAGUCAAAAAGUCCUGAGUCGUUGAACAGUUCUCACACCUGCUGCCUGAAGCACCAUGAGAAAGUAACGCCAAAGAAACUGGUGGUGGGAUACAGAAAGGCCCUCAACUGUCACCUGCCGGCAAUCAUCUUUGUCACCAAAAAGAAUCGAGAGGUCUGCGCCAACCCCCAAAACAAAUGGGUCCAAGAGUACAUCAAGGAUCCCAAUAUACCUUUGCUGCCUCCCAGGAACUUGGCCCAGGUCAAAAGCGUUAGGCCUUAGGAAGGCCACAACAUCACAGCUCUCCAUGACCAUCAGGCCUCGGUGGGAGUCCAGGUUUGGGAAAGAAAGGUGCAGUCCUGUGAAAUGCAGGGGAGGGUGGGGCGUGUGGUCUGAAUGACAGUCGCAAUCAGAGAUGCUAAUUAAAAGUAUUUCAGGGGCGCCUGGGUGGCUCAGUCGUUAGGCGUCUGCCUUCGGCUCAGGUCAUGAUCCCAGAGUCCUGAGAU